GGCGAGGCCUGCGGUUGACGUCAUGACGCCGCGCUCCGAACGUCGAAGCCCGAGGAAGACGGGAGUCAGCCGGCUCGCGAGCCUCCCCUCGGCGGUGGUGUCGUCGGUUUGGCCCGCAGCUGCCGAGUCCCCGGGGCGAGCGGCGGAGACAGUGAAAAAGCAGUCUGGCUCCCGAGGUCCACCCCUUACACCCCAGGGUCCAGAUGGCGGCCAAUGUGGGUGAUCAACGUGGCACAGACUGGUCCUCCCAGUACAGCAUGGUGGCCGGGGCGGGCAGGGAGAACGGCAUGGAGGCGCCCAUGCACGAGAACCCGGAGUGGGAGAAGGCCCGCCAGGCCCUGGCCAGCAUCAGCAAGGCGGGCGCCGCCGGCAGCUCCAAGGCCAGCAGCAACGGGCCUGUGGCCAGCUCGCAGUAUGUGUCUCAGGCGGAAGCCUCGGCCCUGCAGCAGCAGCAGCAGCAGCAGUACUACCAGUGGUACCAGCAGUACAGCUACGCCUACCCCUACAACUACUACUACCCCAUGAGCAUGUACCAGGGCUACGGCUCCCCCUCCCAGUACGGGAUGGCCGGCUCCUACGGCUCAGCCACACCCCAGCAGCCAGCAGCCCCCCAGCACCAAGGCACUCUGAACCAGCCCCCCGUCCCCGGCAUGGAUGACGGCAUGUCCUACCAGGCCCCUCCCCAGCAGCUGCCAGCAGCUCAGCCCCCUCAGCCCUCCAACCCCUCGCACGGGGCUCACGCUCUGAACAGCGGCCCCCAGCCUGGGACGACGCCGGCCACCCAGCACAGCCAGGCGGGGCCCGCCUCGGGCCAGGCCUACGGGCAGCACAGCUACGCCGAGCCGGCCAAGCCCAAGAAGGGCCAGCAGCUGUGGAACCGCAUGAAGCCGGCCCCCGGGACUGGUGGUCUCAAGUUCAACAUUCAGAAACGGCCCUUCGCUGUCACCAACCAGAACUUCAGCUCCAGCUCGGAGGGCCAGCACAGCGGCUUCGGCCCCCAGCCCAACCCCGAGAAGGCCCAGAACCACAGGGGGGGCCUGUCAGGGAAGCCAGACGACUGGCCGCAGGACAUGAAGGAGUACGUGGAGCGCUGCUUCACGGCCUGCGAGUCGGAGGAGGACAAGGACCGCACGGAGAAGCUGCUCAAGGAGGUGCUGCAGGCCCGGCUCCAGGAUGGCUCUGCCUACACCAUCGACUGGAGCCGGGAGCCUCUGCCCGGGCUGACUCGGGACACUGUGGCCGAGAGCCCUAAGAAGAAGCGGUGGGAGGCCCCCAGCAGCCUUCACCCUCCCAGGGGGGCAGGCGCCACGACCAGGGGCGGGGGUGCCCAGUCACAGCGAGGGACGCCAGGGGCUGGGGGUGCUGGCCGAGCGCGGGGCGGCAGCUUUGCCAAGUUCGGCAACCGCAAUGUCUUCAUGAAGGACCACAGCUCCUCCUCCAGCACAGAGUCCCGUUCCCGCUCCUCCUCCCGGUCCCCGAACCGCCACUUCCGCCGCAGUGACUCCCACUCGGACUCGGACAGUUCCUUCUCAGGGAAUGAGUGCCAGCCUGUGGGUCGCAGGAACCCGCCCCCCAAGGGCCGGGGGGGCCGGGGGGCCCACAUGGAUCGGGGCCGAGGCAGGGCGCAGCGAGGGAAGAGGCACGAUCUAGCGCCCACCAAGCGCAACCGCAAGAGGAUGGCGGUGCUGGAGUGUGAGGACCCCGAGCGCGAGCUGAAGAAGCAGAAGCGGGCGGCCCGCUUCCAGCACGGACAUUCCCGCCGCCUGCGCCUCGAGCCCCUGGUGCUGCAGGUGGGCGGCCUGGAGAGCAGCGGGGGCGACCCUGACUGGCAGGAGCUGCAGAUCGUGGGCACCUGCCCCGACAUCACCAAGCACUACCUGCGGCUCACCUGCGCCCCCGACCCGUCCACAGUGCGCCCUGUGGCGGUUCUGAAGAAGUCGCUGUGCAUGGUCAAGUCCCAGUGGAAAGAGAAGCAGGACUACGCCUUCGCCUGCGAGCAGAUGAAGUCCAUCCGGCAGGACCUGACGGUGCAAGGCGUGCGCACUGAGUUCACGGUGGAGGUGUACGAGACGCACGCCCGCAUCGCCUUGGAGAAGGGUGACCACGAGGAGUUCAACCAGUGCCAGACGCAGCUCAAGUCGCUGUACGCGGAGAGCCUGCCCGGCAACGUGGGUGAGUUCACCGCCUACCGCAUCCUCUACUACAUCUUCACCAACAACUCGGGCGACAUCACCACGGAGCUGGCCUACCUGACGCGGGAGCUGAAGACGGACCUCUGCGUGGCCCAUGCCCUGGCUCUGAGGGCAGCCUGGGCUCUGGGCAACUACCACCGCUUCUUCCGGCUCUACGGCCGCGCGCCCUGUAUGUCUGGCUACCUCAUAGACAAGUUUGUGGACCGGGAGCGCAAAGCCGCCCUCAAGGCCAUGAUCAAAACGUAUGUUCAGCUGAGGUCCCCCGAGCAGGCCUCUAGCUCCAGUCCCGGCUGUCCUGGCCCCUCUCCCUUUCUCGUCCCUCUCCCUUUCUUGUCCUCUCCUGCUGUCCCUCCUCCCCUUUGCUCAGCCCUCCCUCUGGCCUCUUCGCCAUUCUUUCUUUCUUUCUUUCUUUGGUUCCGGGGUCCCUCCACCCCCUGCCAAUCAUCCUCCCACUCACAUCACGUGGGACCCUGGCUUCUCUGCUCGGGGCUCCCUGCCUUCGAGGCCUCGGCCUGCCUCUCUCUCUGGCUCUCCGGCCGCAGCCCUUGCUCUAGAGACAAACGAGAAAACAGCGCUGCUCUGGCAGCUUCUGGUCUGACGGGCCAGGGCCCCAUUCCUACUUGAGCCUUCUGAGGGGCCACAUGUUAGGGAAACAUGCGAGAUGCCAGGCAGACUGGGCCUGUGCCCACACACUGAGUGCCCGCCGUGUGCCCCAUCCAGAGUGCGGGGAUGUGUGCUUAGGGCAGGGAGGUUCCUUUUGUUGUCACAGCCGGGGCUGCUCCUGGCCUGUGGUGGGUAGAGACCGGGGCUGCUGCUGACCAGCCCAUAGCGCCCCACAGUGCAUGGCGCCCCACAGCACUAAGGGGGCCCGCUGCCAGCCUCUGAGGGUGAGAGCCCUGCUCCGGUCAGGGGUAUGAGGCCUUGAACACCAACCAUGUCUGUUAGCUUUCCCAUGUGGAUGGUUUGGAGCCUGGGAAAAGAUGGUCGAACUGAAGGAUAGGGACACUCUAGGGCCACAGAAACAGAGGGGAUGUGGGCAGAAAUGUGGGGUGAGGAUGCACAGGAGCGGUAACAGACCAGCACCCUCUGCAGCCCGCCAGGCCCCUGGGGGAGCUCCCAGGCUUCCUCCAGCUCAGGUAGCUGGGCCGGCGACUCUUCCCUGUUAGUGUGUGUGCUCGACCGCGGAAGGACAGAUGGCUGGUGCCUGUGGGAGUGCCUGGCCUGGCACUGGUGCCGCCUUUCCUUGGCAGACAUGUCCCUGCAGGUGGCCAGGGUCAUGUGGGGGGGCAGCAGGCUCCUGGCUCCAUGGACAGCAAGGCUGGGGCCAAUGGGCUUGGGGCAGGGCCAGCUCUGAGUACAUUCAGCCAGCGGCUUCCUUUCCUGGGUGACACGCAGUGGCUGUGCCCUGGCCCUGCAGUGCCCGCCCGGGGUUGUUUGUGAGGUAGAUGACUCAGCCUACAGACGAGGGUUCGCUCCUCAGGCACUGAGCACUGAGCACUGAGGGCAGCUGCUUCUGGCACGGGCCCAGCGCUCUCGUUGCCAACCAGAAUUUCCUGUGUGGGAAGUGUAGGAAGUGCUGGCUGACUCCUGUGCCCAGGGCAUCCCUGAGGCGCUCAGACCAGGGUUGGGGUCCUGUGAGGGCCAGGCCCCCAGAGUAGCGGUGAGCGCUCCCGUCCUGUGCCUGUCCCCCUGGGCCAUCUGCCUGGCCCCUGCCCUCGGCCGCGGUGGCCCUCUCCUGAGGGCCUGCUCAGGCCAGGGAGCAGUGGAGGAGCCGGUGCGGCCCUUCCCCCCUCCUUCCGGCCUCCCGACAGGUAAGUGAGGGCAAAGGGGCACACUGGGGUUGGCUGUCAGCCCAGUCUGAGGGCCCCCAAGCUCCAGAGGUGGGCGGUGGGGUGAGGGCUGGGUACCAGAGGUUACAUUUCCUAAUGUGCGGAGGGAACACUUAGGGUGUCGGAAGGGGGGGCACCCACUCCCUGUCCGUGGGGCCCCUGCCUGCUGCCCGCCUCAUCACCUUCUCCUCUUGUUUCCGUAGCUUCCGCCCUGCGCUGCCCGUCUCCUACCUGCAGGCCGAGCUGGCCUUCGAGGGCGAGGCCGCCUGCCGGGCCUUCCUAGAGCCCCUGGGCCUGGCCUACACGGGCCCGGACAACGCCAGCGUCGACUGCCGCCUCAGCCUGG